AUGGGUCUGCGCAGUCCUUCUAGUUGGGAUUUGCUGUUACUUCUACUGGCCGGAAGCUUGGUCACAUUUGUUUCCGGAAACACCGAGAUCGUGAACGUUGACGCUACAGAGAAUUGGGAUGUUCACUUUCCGCAGUCUCUUAAAUGGCCCAUUCUCUCCCCUGAGGUACCGGAACGAUUAUUCCGAGUGCAACCUGCGCCGCUCCGGACGCCGUUGACACAGGUCUGCGAAGACCUGACAGCCGUACGCUCAGGUGAACCUUGUCCUCACGAGCUUUGGCUUGUCCUUGACUUGGACGACCUGGAAUGGAGCGAGUGCUCCAAAUACACGCUGCGCAUAUCAUGGCCAGCAUCGUCACCAGCCGACUUUGCCAUUCAAACUUACUCCCCUGAAUUACUCGAUGAAGUGCUUCAUCCACGUAAUGGCGUGGAUGCUGCCAACAGUUCCGUCUUGCCUUCAAAGACAAAACGCACCUACGCACGUAUCCGCGUGAUCGAUACAGGGUUCCGCACUCCAACAUUCGGCUACCAAGAUUCCGUGCAGCCAGUCCCGUUCAUGUUGAAACUCGAGCCGCUUUACCUCGGCGUCCUGCCGAUUUCUGUUGCGCCAGUCUUGCUAUUCCUCAUGGCGGCCGUUGCGUUCGCUACGGUAGUUAUCCUGCCCCCAGUCAAUCGCUACCUUUCGGCGAUAGCUUCCAAGGCGAGAGCGGAAAUAACAUCUUUACAGAAAAAGCAUGGCAAGAUACAGUAA